UGCGUGAAAAAUCACCCCAGCAAGUAUUUUAUUGGUUCACAGAUUGGCGUUGCCUAUGCACGUGAUCUCUACUAGGCAAGAAGAGAAAGGGCGAGUCUGUUUGUUAUCUUUCAAUCCUUUUGGUUGCAGAGAGAAGAUUACACUGAGCUAGUGUUUGGCGAAGAAAUAUACACGUCAGUGAUUUUUAUAUAAAAACGAUAAAACAUACUUAAGUAAAAGAAUGGUGUUUCCAGCUAAUGUCGAGGGAGAUUCUGCUUCCAACCAAACGAAGAUAGAGUAUAAGAUAUUCAAUGAUCCAAUUCAUGGCACUAUCGAACUUCAUCCUUUGUUGGUGGACAUCAUCAACACGCCACAGUUUCAGCGCUUAAAAGACAUCAAACAAAUGGGAAUUUGUCAUUUUAUUUAUCCUGGGGCAACUCACGACAGAUUCCAACAUUCACUUGGAACAUCUCAUUUGUGUGGUGAACUUAUCGACAGAUUAAAAGAGCUUCAUCGCAAAGAGUAUGAGAUCACAGAUGAAGAAAGCUUAUGCAUCAAAAUAGCAGGACUUUGCCAUGAUCUUGGCCAUGGACCGUUCUCUCAUUUCUUUGAUGACGUUUACAAGAAAAAGUUGAAAAGUGACGUUAUUGAUUUGGAGUGGAAGCACGAGGACUUGUCCUGUGAACUAUUUAAGUUUAUGCUAGAGGAAGAGGAGAAUCCUGAACUUAGGAAGAGAUUUAGGCAUUUUGACCUUUUCGAAAAAGAUGAAGAAUUCAUCUUAGAACUUAUCAAAGGAAAAGACCCAAUCAGAGGCAAGGUGGAAAGGAAAUGCCAAUUAACAAAACUGCCAAAAUGGUUCCUGUAUGAAAUCGUGUCAAACAAACAAAAUGGGGUCGACUGUGACAAGUUUGAUUACUUCGCCCGUGACUGCGCUAAUGUUGGAGUGAAAAGUACUUUUGACCACCAACGCUACUUUAAGAAUGUUCGCAUCAUGUCUAUAGAUGAAGAGCUACAUAUCUGCGUUCGUGACAAAGAGGUGUUCAACCUGUACGAGUUAUUCCACACCCGUUGGUCCAUUCAUCACAAAGUUUGUUGUCACAAAACUCAGGCACCAAUACAUGAUAUGUUAGCAACGGCUUUCCAAAAAGUCGACAAAAUAAUGAAAAUCUCAGAAGCUGUCAAGAAGAAGGAUAUGAAACGAUACACUGUCCUGACCGACAGCAUUCUCUAUGAUGUAUUACGAAAAGAAAGUGAAGAGCCUGCUGUCAAAGAAGCACAGGAUUGGAUAAAACGCAUACAAAAACGAAAAAUUUACAAAUUUUGUGGUCAAACUCAGCCACAAUCGAAUGACGACUGCCCUUCGGAAGAAAAAAUCGUCAAAGACCUGGUUAUAAUAUCAGAUGAACAAUUGAAUGAGGAAGAUAUAUUUGUUGACAUGCCAAAAAUCGAUUUUGGAAUGAAAGGUAAAAAUCCAGUUGAUGCUGUUACAUUUUUCAUAAAAUCUGGCGAAAAUGUAGAAAUAAAAAGAGAGCAAGUGAGUCGAAUGUUGCCACAAAAUUUCCAGGAAAGAUACAUCAGAGUUUAUGCAAAACACCCCGAAAACAAGGAGCAGACUGAAUUGAUCAAAAAAACGUUUAGGAAAUGGUGCUCCAAGCAAAAGUAUCCGAAACCUAUAGGAGGAUAAAGAAAGACUGUUCGAAGUUCUUGUUGUUAAAUCAUGAUGUCUUAAAAAUACGCUUGACAAUUUCUUAAAAAACGAAUCACAACAAAAUGUCUUUAUUUCAAAGCACCAAUAAUUAUAUAUACAUUAAAUCCACAUUUCAAACUUCCAAUUGUUGAAAAAUAGCUAGAAUGUAACAUUAAAGCACAAGUGAGACAAAAGGACGAACUAUAUAAUAAUCUUCUCCAUAGUUAAUGUUAGAUAAGCACAAAACUGUAUCAAAUUCAAUAAAAUGCAUAAAAGAUACGA